AUGUUUCAAUCAAUAGUCCUUCUAGCUGUUUGUAAGUCAAAUCUUGAAUUUACCUAUGUGUUUGCUGGAUGGCCUGGGUCUUCUCAUGAUGCACGUGUCUUCAGAAAUUCUACUCUUGGUAAAUAUUUAACAGCCGACGAUUGUACCUUAUUUCCCACAGAAUACCAUAUUUUAGGAGAUUCAGCUUUUCCUUUGUCAAAAAGACUCUUGACCCCGUAUCGCCAAAGAGAAAUUUUGACACCGACUCAAGCUAUCUACAAUAAAAGAUUAAGUUCAACAAGGGUAGUAAUAGAGCAGGCAUUUGGAUUAUUAUUAGGUCGUUUCAGACGUUUGAAGAGUGUGUGUAUGAAAAAUGUGGAUAAUAUAUUGAAAGCUGUAACUGCUUGUUGUAUAUUACACAAUAUAGCUUUAAAUAAUGACGAUUAUACUUGGGUACCAAUUGAUUCAACCACUGAUACAAUUAGAAAUGAAUUUGUCAAUGACGGUUUUAACAAUCAACAAGACAUAACUGGUAUUAAUAAAAGAAACAGUUUAGCAAGUUUAUUUUGA